AGCGUCGCGCGUAUCACGGUCUCAGGAACUUCCCCGGGACGGUCCGAGCCAACGCUUGGUACGUGUUCCUGACGCGAGUCGGGCGAAACAAAGACUCUGGGGCGGAGAGGAGCGAGAGACUCCUGCGGCUAUUUUGGGAAAUCUCGCACUUACUGACGGUGGGAGGGGGCGCCUGCGCAGGAGCCGCAAAGGCAAGUGUGCGCUUUCGUCCACCUCACCUGUUUAUCGGCGGUGGACCGGGUGUUGUGUGCGUGCGUGUGCGUGUGUGUGUGUGUGUGUGUGUGGACGCGAUGUGAGGAUGCUGCGCUCCGGAGCAGGUGACUCGACCCGAGUGGAUGCGCUCCGAACAGGGGGUCCGCUCUUCUCCGGCUUGUCUCCCUCCGAAUGGAUUCCCUUUCUGCCUUGCUGAGGCAACUUCUCUGGAGGACAUUGGGGCGAAACUAAGCUGCGCCGGUCUACGCUGCCACCCUUUUUCUUCUCGCCAAGGACAUUCGGCAUCGUCGGCGGCGAGGAUGCCCGGGGCGCCCGUCUCCGCCGAGUCCCUCUACAUCGGGAUGGAGGUUGUGAUCGCGCUGGCGUCGGUGAUCGGUAACGUGAUGGUGGUGUGGGCGGUGAGGAUCAACAAAUCGCUGCGAGACACCACGUUUUGCUUCAUCGUCUCCCUGGCUCUGGCGGAUAUUGCGGUGGGAGCCCUGGUCAUCCCGCUGGCCAUCACCAUCAGCAUCGGACUGCAAACUCACUUCUACAGCUGUCUGAUGGUGGCCUGCACGGUGCUGGUGCUGACCCAAAGUUCCAUCCUGGCCCUGCUGGCCAUCGCCAUUGACCGCUACCUCCGGGUCAAGAUUCCCACCAGGUACAAACGAGUGGUGACCCCUCGCCGCGCUGGCCUGGCGGUGGUGAUCUGCUGGACGGUGGCUUUCGUGGUGGGUCUCACGCCCAUGCUCGGCUGGAACAACCUGCGGCGGCUCCAGGAGAACGGCUCCAUUAGCGGCGACCUGGUGAUCACCUGCCAGUUUGAAAACGUCAUCAGCAUGGAGUACAUGGUCUAUUUUAACUUCUUCGGCUGGGUGCUGCCCCCCCUGCUGCUCAUGCUGCUCAUCUACGCCGAGAUCUUCUACAUGAUCCACAGGCAGCUCAACAGCAGAAAGUUCACCAGCAGUCACUCCGACCCCAACAAGUACUAUGACAAGGAGCUGAACCUGGCCAAGUCCCUGGCCCUGGUCCUCUUCCUGUUUGCCGUCAGCUGGCUUCCUCUUCACAUCAUCAACUGCAUCACGCUCUUCUGCCCGCAGUGUGAGAAGCCCAUCGUCCUGCUCUACAUCGCCAUCCUGCUCACGCACGGCAACUCCGCCGUCAACCCCAUCGUCUACGCCUUCCGCAUUAAGAAAUUCCGAACAGCCUUCAGAAAAAUCUGGCAGCAGUACUUCUGCUGCAAGGACACGCCGGCUCUGGAGAUCCAGCCCAGCGACAGGAAGGAGAUGCCCAACCUGGAAGCUCGGCUGGAAAGAGAGACGGCUGAUCCCUCGCGGCAGCAGCCGCUUCCUCUGCAUGAGCAGCUUCCGGAACGUCGGGCCGAACCACACAAGGAACAGUCUCCGUUAUUGGAGCUGAACAAUGUCAAGGUAAAAGAAUGAG